AUGUCACUUACUUCCGUUGCCACCGCUCUCGCCGUUGUUCUCGCGUGUUCCAUCACGGCAGGACUUCCCGGUGCGGUGGCGUCGGGGGACACCGUCUCGGCGCGGCGGCCGCUGCGGGGCAUCGACACGGUGGUCUCGGCGCAGGGCAAGUUCGAGCUCGGACUCUUCAGCCCCGGCGGCUCCGGCCGGUUCUACCUCGGCAUCUGGUACAAGAACGUGCCCGUGCAGACCGUCAUCUGGGUCGGCAAUCGUGUCAAUCCCCUGUCCGGUUCCGGUGUUGCCUCCACCGAGCUCCGGGUGUCCUCCGACGGGAACCUCGAGCUCGUCGGGCUCAGCCCAUCCUCUGCCACGCCAGGCGUCCUGUGGUCGUCGAACCUGUCGUCGUCUUCGUCGGUGUCGUCCUCGCCGGGGUCGAACGUUGCUGUGAUGCGUGACAACGGCAACCUGGUCCUCCUCGACGGCGGCAACUCCUCCAACGUGCUGUGGCAGAGCUUCGACCACCCGACGGACACACUGGUGCCCGAGGCGUGGCUCGGCGAGGACAAGCUCACCGGCGAGUACCAGACGCUGACGUCGUGGCGCAACGCCGAGGACCCCGCGCCGGGGAUGUUCACGAACACGGUGGACCGCAACGGCAGCAGCGAGUUCUUCUACCUCUGGAACGGCUCCCGCGCCUACUGGCGCAGCGGCGUCUGGACGGGGCGCGUGUUCGCCAACCUGCCGGAGGCCGUCAACAACGUGCUCUUCAACCAGACGUACGUCGAGACGCCGGCGUACCGGCGCGUCACCAGCGUGCUCUACGACAACGCGACCGUCACGCGCAUGGUGCUGGACCUCACCGGCCAGACGAAGCAGUUCAUCUGGGUCCCCGGCAGCCAGAGCUGGCAGUUCUUCUGGGCCGCGCCCACCGUCCAGUGCGACGUCUACGCGCUCUGCGGCGCCUUCGGCGUCUGCAACCAGAGGAGCCAGCCGCCGUGCCAAUGCCCGCCCGGGUUCGCUCCGGCGGCGGACCGGGACUGGGGCCUCAGCGACUGGAGCGCCGGGUGCCACCGGAGCCUGCCGCUGCAGUGCGGGGGCAACGGGUCAACGGACGCCUUCCUGGAGCUGCCGGGCAUGAAGCUCCCUGACGAUUCGCUCUCCGUGGCGGGCGCCCAGAGCAAAGCAGAGUGCGAGUUGGCUUGUCUAAACAACUGCUCCUGCCAGGCCUACACGUUCUCUGGCGGUGGCUGCGCCGUCUGGCACGACGGAUUCCGCAACCUUCAGCAACUGUUUCCAGAUGCCGGGGGCGGGGGUUCGUCGUCGUCGAGUCUGUACCUCCGGCUGUCGGAAUCUGAACUGCAGCAUCUGCGCGGCGCCAACAAUGGGAAGAACAGGCGGAGGCUGUGGCUCGCCCUUGGCAUCGUUUUGGCUUGCAUUGCCGCACUGGGCGUGGCGGCAGUAGCAGCGUGGAUCCUUGUGUCCAGGAGGAGACGACGGGCUGAAAUGGCGAAUCAGAAGAGCUCCUCCCUUGCAGUGUACAGCUACGGCGACCUCCGCUCGGCCACGAGCAACUUCUCGGAGCGGCUGGGCGGCGGAAGCUUCGGCUCGGUCGCCAAGGCCGACGUGUACAGCUUCGGAAUGGUGCUCUUCGAGAUCAUCUCCGGGCGGCGCAACGCCGAGGGGCACGGCGCCUCAUGGGACGACAGGGACGGCGGCGACCGAGAGUCUACGUUCUUCCCGGUCUGGGCAGCGGUCAGAGUGGCGGAAGGGGACACGGCCGCCGUGGCGGACGCACGGCUGCGCGGCGACGUGAGCGAGGACGAGCUGGAGCGCGCCUGCCGGGUGGCGUGCUGGUGCAUCCAGGACCAGGAGGCACACCGGCCGGCCAUGGCGCAGGUCGUGCAGGCGCUGGAGGGCGUCGUCGACGUCGACAUGCCGCCGGUGCCGCGGGCGCUGCAGCACCUCGCGACGCUGACCGCUUAG